AUGUGUGAAUUGUGCGGUGGUUAUUUUAUUGGUGCGGCGAAUACGACGAACGCAACAAAACAUUUGAAAUGCAGACAUAAGGAGGAAUUUGCUGAGUAUAUUGAAUUGUACGAUAGUGCAAAACGAGGCUCAUUUGUGGGCGCAUUACACGAUGUACUUCGAGAGAUAAUGUUGAAAGGACGUGCUAAACGUUUGGGCAUUUCGAAUGCUCUUAGCCUGCAGCCAGCGUUUGCGCUAUCCAAAGGUGAAUGCAAAGAUGUGCAAAAAUUUGAAAAAUCUCGCUGUGAAUGGCAAACAUCAGCUCUGAAGUCUCAUGCGUCCUCGUCAAAGGAUUCAUCAAGUGUUCCGUCAUCAUCAGCUGCGAAUGGUGGUAGUGACUCGAAAGUGUACGUUCAGCAGCAUUCCGCUGUGACCGUUUGUCAGAGUCAAAAUGCUGCAGUUCCAUUAAGCGACUGCAGUUAUGCCGAGCAAGCCAUCAAGAAAUCGCGAUUGAAUGAGUCAGCGAAUGGGUCGAACGAAAGUCCAAAUAAAGUUCUGGCUGAUCAAAUGGAAUCAUUCUUGAAAAGUUUCAGACAGUUGGAGGAUGAGUGUCAAGACUUGCGUUGUCAGCUAAGCGCGAAAGAUGAGCAAAUUACUUCACUGAAACUGCAAUUAAUUCAUGAAAAGAAGAAACGUGAAAGCGCACUGUUUCUGAUACAACAGUCAUUGAUGGAUAGUGGAUCAACUGACUAG